UUAUUGGAUAAUGCAUAUGCACAUAGGGAAGUUCCUAGUUGCUUUGCCAAAAACAAAGAAAAAGGGCGUAGCGGCGAGUAAAGCAAAUGUUCUUAUCUUCUUCGUGAUCGACAUGGACCACGUUAUGGGGGUUUUACAGGAUUUUUGACUCAAAAGCGAGGAGUAAACAGGUAAAGAGCCAAUAAUUAUGGAAUUACACAACUGACCUUUUCAUUUUUUACCAAAGAAAAAAAAUCAUCACACCAAAAGCCAGAAACGUCAGGCUCGGACAUCAACAAAACAAAGAUUAAUGGUUUACUGAUUUAAGGAACCUUACAAAAAUUUCACAGAAAUGGCAACCUCCACGUUCACAAUCCAAUCAGAUUUUCGUUCUGCUUUCCACAUCGCCAACCUCAUCAUCCACCCCAAUUUCUUCCCCUGCCGACGCGUUUCCCCGACGCGCCUCCCUUUUUCUCCGCGACGAUUGCUGUCUUCUAAUACUACGUCUUUUCGACUCAGAGCUUUUUCCACAGAUUCCGCUGACUCUGCGAUAACCGUCAAGCUUCCCGAGAAGCCCCCUGUUUGUACGGCUGAUGAGCUCCACUAUGUCUCCGUCGCCAAUUCCCACUGGCACCUCGCUCUCUGGCGAUAUCGUCCUCCUCCUCAGGCGCCUGAAAGGAAUCAUCCACUGUUGCUGUUGUCCGGAGUGGGCACUAAUGCCAUUGGUUACGAUCUCUCACCAGGAUGUUCAUUUGCACGAUACAUGUCUGGUCAGGGAUUUGACACAUGGAUUCUUGAAGUUCGAGGUGCUGGAUUGAGUGUGCAGGAAACAUCUCCCAAAGAGAUUCAGCAGUCUGCACUUGCAGUUUCUGAACAGAUGGAAGCUGUUGCUAAAACUGUAACUAAUGGGGCUUUUGCCACCAACCAGCUGCCAACUAAUGUUCCCAGUGCCUUGUCAGAUUCUAUGGAUUUUGCUUUAAAGGAGGAUCCAACAGGCAUAGCCACUGUGUGGGAUGAAUCAAAGUUGGUAUCAAAGUUGACUGAAACUUUUAUGCGUUUGUCAGAAAGAUUAUCUGGCUUCCUCAAUGAAGGCCAAUCAAAGAUUAUUUCUGCCAAAUUAUUCGAUCAGAUAGCAAAACUUUUAGAAGAUUCUCAGUUAUCUGAACGCUUUAAUGAGAUAAGGGGAAAGCUUUUAAGCUUGUUGGAAUCAAGACAACGCACAGUUAUUGCUGGCCAAGUUAGGGAUCUGAGCCAAAGGCUUGUAAAUAUUUUUGAGGAAGGUCAAAGAUCCGUUUCACCUCAGUUGUUUGACUUGCAAGAGCGUCUUUCCACAAUAAUAGAAGAUUUCCAGAAACAGCUGGACUUAAUUGUGCAGUACAACUGGGAUUUUGAUAAUUACCUAGAAGAGGAUGUUCCUGCUGCGAUGGAAUACAUAAGAGCAGAAAGCAAGCCAAAGGAUGGUAAAUUGCUCGCAAUUGGACACUCCAUGGGAGGCAUCUUGCUUUAUGCUAUGCUUUCACGACGUGGUUGUGAAGGAAGAGACUCCGGGUUGGCUGCUAUUGUUACUCUGGCAUCAUCACUUGAUUAUACAACUUCAAAUUCCAGACUCAAAUUGCUUUUGCCUCUUGCAGAUCCAGCUCAGGCUCUUAGUGUACCUGUUGUUCCUUUGGGGGCAUUAUUGUCAGCAGCAUAUCCUCUUUCAUGUCGUCCCCCUUACGUGUUGUCUUGGCUUAAUUAUCUCAUAUCAGCAGAAGACAUGAUGCAUCCAGAGUUGUUAGAAAAGCUCAUCUUGAACAACUUUUGUACAAUACCCGCCAAACUUAUCUUGCAACUUACAACAGCUUUUCGGGAUGGUGGAUUGUGUGAUAGGAGUGGUAAAGUUUUAUACAAGGAUCAUCUACACAAGAGCAAUGUACCUGUGUUAGCCUUAGCCGGAGACCAAGAUCUAAUUUGUCCACCUGAAGCUGUGGAAGAAACUGUUAGGCUCAUUCCCAAGGAAUUGGUUACUUAUAAAGUGUUUGGAGAACCUGGAGGUCCGCAUUAUGCACACUAUGAUUUGGUGGGAGGAAGACUGGCAGUGGAGCAAGUUUAUCCUUGCAUAACUGAAUUCCUUAGCCAUCAUGACUGACCUGAUUACUAGGCAUAUUGAACUUCAUUACCCACACAACUCAUUGCUGCAGCAAGGACGAUUUCUACCGGGACAUGAAAUGCAUGUCUUGGAUGAUAACCAUGUUCUAUUCAAAUAAUUGCGGAAGUAGACAUUUACCUUGUUGAAGUGAUACAUCUACAUCUGAAGUUAUGCACAAACAAAUGAAGUUUGCAUGAGCUUCAGUGGAGAUUUUUGAAGGUGAAUGAAAGUGUCCAAAAGAAGAUAAAUGCUCAUGUUUCCACAUUCAUUUCAUCAAAAGGUCAAAUGUGGCUUACUUUCUUGUAAAAAAUAAAAUAAAAUGACUUUACAGAAUGAUUUGAUCUUGAAUAGAUUGUUUGUCUCAUAUCCAAAUCUGUGUACCCAUUUAGAGUUGUAUUUUAUCUUAUUUUGCGAUAUAUACAUGAAUCACUGGUUGUUGAA